GUGACAAGUACAUCGUGGCAGACUGGGGGGGGGGCACCGUGGACCUCACUGUGCACCAGAUCGAGAAGCCUCAGGGGACCCUGAAGGAGCUCUACAAAGCUUCCGGGGGUCCCUAUGGUGCUGUGGGGGUGGACUUGGCCUUUGAGAAGCUUCUGUGCCACAUCUUCGGGGAGGAUUUCAUCGCCACCUUCAAGGCCAAACGUCCUGCGGCCUGGGUGGACCUGAGCAUCGCCUUCGAGGCGCGGAAACGCGCCGCGUCCCCCAACCGGGCCAACCCCCUCAACAUCUCCCUCCCCUUCUCCUUCAUCGACUUCUACCGCAGGCACCGUGGCCAUGGUGUGGAGACAGCACUCAGGAAGAGCAAUGUCACCCUGGUGAAGUGGUCCUCCCAGGGAAUGCUGAGGAUGUCUCCCGAGGCCAUGAGUGAGCUCUUUCAGCCCACCAUCACCCAUAUCAUCCAGCACAUCGACACUCUCCUGAAGACCCCUGAGGUGCAAGGCAUCAAAUUCCUCUUGCGGGUGCGCCGCUCCCCCCUCACCUACGGCGUGGGGGUCCUCAACAAGUUCGUGGAGGGGAAGCACCCGCGGGAGAAGCUGCUGGUCAAGGAGGGCAAGAAGUGGUGCACGGACAUCUUCGAGAAGUUCGUGGCCAUGGAUCAGUCGGUGGCCCUGGGGGAGGUGGUGCAGCGCAGCUACUGCCCCGCACGGCCCGGCCAGCGCAGGACCCUCAUCAACAUCUACUGCUGCGCCAGGGACGGGGUGGUGUACAUCACCGACCCGGGCGUGCGCCGCUGCGGCACCAUCAGCCUCGAGCUGGGGGACGAAGGGCACGUGGGGCCCGAGGGGGAUGCGCGGGCACGGCGUGAGAUCCGCACCAGCAUGCAGUUCGGGGACACCGAGAUCAAGGUCACUGCCAUGGACAUCCGCACCGCCAAGACCGUCCGGGCCACCAUCGACUUCCUCUCCAACUGA